GGGCAAGAAUAUCCCAGGAAAUAUGUACAUGUUAAUUAGGAUGGAAAGAAAGAACAGAAAAGAACUGUGGUUUCUAAAGAAAGACAAGGUUUUCACAGAGAACAAGCAUUAGUGUUGAAGUCAGAUUUCUUGACCUAAAAAAAAAAUCGAGCUGCCUUUCUUUAUUUUCCUUUUGUUCCUGGAAAAUCCCUUGCCAGCCUGUUGUCACCCCUGUUAGCUUCUGCUGCCGACUGCUCAGUCGGACAUCUGACUUCAUCUGAAUGCAUCAGGUGUGAAGUCAUAUCCACAUUUGUCUCCGAGCCUGUAGCUCUUAAUUUCACAAAUGUGCUCACAGCUUGAAGCUGCUUCCAGACCUACAAAAUCUCUGACAAAUGUUCCCUGCAUUUUCCGAAUGACAUUUCAACAUGCUCUCAACACUGCUCUCCAGUUCUCCCUCCCACUCCUAUCCUUUGUGUGUGUGUGUGUGUGUGUACUUUUACAGACUAGGGGUCACCAAUAGUCAACUGACUUUUUUAAAUCCUCUCCCUCUCUGUCUCUGCGGCUGCUGCUGUUAUUUACAGCUCUGACUUCACCGUAGCUUCCUUUGCUUCUUUCCCUCAGACGUACGUGGUGAUUUUUUGUGGGGGGAACAUUACUUUUUCUGUCUAAGAGAUGGUCCAUGUUUUAGAGCAUACCAAAUGUGAAAAAGAGGAUAAAAGAAGACGAAACGUUAAGGCCACGGCUGGGUCAGUCUGGGACCACAUCAGAGAAAUGGGAGUUACUUGUUAGUCUGAAAAGAAGAGAAACGGAGAGUAGGCGGCUGCUACUGGCUGUGUUGGUGAGAUGAACUCAUUUUCUAAGGAAAUGGGCAGCCUGUUAGACUGUCUAACUCUGACCUUCGUGUAAUCACGAAGGAUUAGCUAUUUUAUCAGAGGUUUUGGUGAAAAGCCAGGUUUUCUUACUGGUAAACACAGAAGAAGACAUUUGAUAGACAAUUUGCUGACAAAACUUAAAAAGGCUAAUUUACUCGGAUGAGCUGCAGAAGAGCACAAGGAGCAAUGCUAACAUUGGCCGCCGUAACGGAUCUAGAUGAAUGGAUUACGUUUGCUGUCUGUUGACCUGAAUUCACCUCAUCUAAGGAAUUGGAAAGGGUGUGAUCAUUGGAUCCGUUCCAGGAUAAUGGAUCUUCGUAAAAGAACCAAGCAGAAAAUUCAAGCUGAGGAGAGGUGCGGUGGUAACAAGUUGAUGACGACCACAAGAUCUUAUGUCCUGCCGAAAGACAAGGGGAAGGGAGAUGGUGGAGAUGAUGUUUCUGCGUUUGCUGAAUCAAACGCUUGUUCCUGUUCCGGCAUUCGAUCCUGGUGUCCCUGGCGACGCUGCAUCUCCAUGGCAGCAGGGCUGUUACUGGCUGGUCUGCUGGGACUGGCUCAGGCCUGUUGUGUUAAUGCCAUCCAUGAAAACCUGCUCUGGUUUUCUCAGCUCAUGGAAGUACAGCGGGAGAUUUCCUUUCGGACUGAAUGUGGCCUUUACUACUCAUACUACAAGCAGAUGUUACAGGCCCCGUCUAUACAGCAAGGCCUCUCAGAUUUGAUCAAUGACAACUUGACAGAGUCCAGGAGAACCAUUAAUCUCCUGCAGAGAAUGAACAUCUACCAGGAGGUUUUUCUCAGUCUUUUCUACAGACUGCUGCCAAUUCAGACCUAUCUGGAACCGAUCUAUUUCUACAUCUAUACCGUGUUCUCGCUCCAAGCUGUGUAUGUGAUUGCUCUGUACCUCACUGCGUGGCUGCUGUCUGGAUCCUGGUUAGCUGGAGCACUCGCUGGAGUCUGGUACAUUCUCAACAGGAUCGAUACCACUCGUGUAGAGUUCACCAUCUCCCUUAGAGAGAACUGGUCUUUGCCUUUUUUGGCUCUGCAGGUGGCAGCCAUCACCUGUUACCUUAGGCCUCAACUCAGCAUUUUACAGCAGAAGGUUAUGGUGUGGCUGAUGUACGUGACCACUUUCUGCUUCAGUCUGACGUGGCAGUUCAACCAGUUCAUCCUGCUCAUUCAGGCUCUCAUAAUCUACACACUAGACUGUCUGGACUUCAUAACCACAACACAGGUCACUACUCUGUACCUGAUUCAGGUCAGCUCUCUCCUGAGUGUGUGGCUCCUCCAGUUCUGUAACUCUAUGAUCCUGGGAUCGCUGGUACUCAGCUUCAUCGUGGCUGUGCUCUUCAUUAGACACUGUCAGACCGGUCUAAAGACUGGAAACCUUCUGACUCGUCUGAUCAAACUGUUACUCCACAGCAUCAUGGUUCUUUUGCUCACCUUUACCAUCAACUACUUGACCAAGAAAGCACUUCGGCUUCAGUCGGACGAACACAUCUUUAAAUUCAUCUGGUCCAAGUUUGGCCUGGGGCCAACCAGGGAUUUCGAUGCCAGUCUCUAUCUGUGUGAAGAAGCCUUUGGUUUGUUGCCGCUGGACACACUGGAACGUUUGGCUGCUUCUUUCCUUCUCUACCCAUACAUCCUCACGUUGCUGCUGCUCUGUGGCACGCUGGCAGCAGGAGCUGUGAAAAACCUGAGGAGAAGUUCAGGUUCAGCCGAGGAGAAGAACGAAGUUGUGGAACUGGGAGAACAUUCCGUGCUGACAGUUGUUCGUCCAGAUGUGGCCUACAACAUGAUGCACACGCUUUUCUUCGGUCUUGUGGCCUUCAGCACCAUGAGGAUGAAGUAUAUAUGGACCGGUCACAUGUGUGCAGUUGCGGCCUAUGGUUUGUGUGGAACUGAAGUGUGGACCCUGAUUCUCACCGUACUUCGAUGCAACAGUAAAACUCUUAUACGUCUGCUUAGAUACUCGGUUCCCCUGGUACUGAUGGCCUGUCUGUAUUACAAGUUUUGGCCAAAGCUGAAGGAGGAGUUAUCAGAACUGAGAGAGUUUUAUGAUCCAGACACUGUGGAGCUCAUGACCUGGAUAAGCUCUAAGACGCCUCAGCAUGCUGUGUUUGCAGGCAGCAUGCAACUGUUGGCUGGAAUCAAGCUGUGCACAGGCAGAGUCCUCACCAACCAUCCGCACUAUGAAGACAAAGAGCUGAGGGACAGGACCAAACAGGUGUAUCAAGUGUACGCUCAUCGCUCCCCUCAGGACAUCCAUGAAAUCCUGCUGUCACUAGGGGCAGACUACCUGGUUCUGGAGAACAGCAUCUGUUACGAAAGGAGGCACAGAAGAGGUUGCAGACUCAGAGACCUACUAGACCUGGACAACGGACAUAUCAUGGAUGGACCUGGAGACAACGACCCAGACCUCGUCGCAGCCUCCCACCCCAGGUUUUGCGAGGCCAUCAAGAUGGAUUUGGCAGAAUACAUCUCUCUGUUCACCAGAACGUUCGAGAACAAAACCUUCCAUGUUUACAGGGUCAAGAAGAAACGUAGGAAAAGUACCAAGAGCUGGUCAGAGAGCAGCGGGACUCAAUAACAGCAGAAAAA